AUGGAUGCACCAUUCCCAGCCGUUCGCCUGUUCAUUGUUGGGCUCCGACGCUCCGACCCUUGUCGCCGUCAGCAGAAUCAUUUCUCUGUCAGAAGCAACGAUUUCGCCGUCAGAAGAUGCGAUUUCAGCGGUUUAGAGUCUCCGCUGCGCCUUCCGUCUGUCAACCUCUCCGGCAGCUCAAGCACACCGUGGUCCUGUGGUCCACCCCUCGCCUUUCGCCAUCCGUUCGCAUCAAGCAUGGCGAUUCGCCAUCCGUUCAUAUCAAGCAUGACAGAAUUUCAAGCUGCUACGUGGGGAGCAUCAGGUGGCGCCUGGAGGGCCGCCGUGCUGUCAUGGGGUCUCCUGGAGCGCACCUCUUCCCGCCUGCUGCACCAACUGGCUGCUCCUCCCGCUACCCAUGAAGAGCAUUACUGCCUGCCUCCAGUGGUACGGCUACUUGCUUGA